CGUGCACAGCCGGCGGGAGAGAAAAAUGAUUUCACAGCAAUGCAUUGAACAGAGCUAGAGACGGCAACCUGAAUAUUCAAGCCUUCUCCACUCCAUGCUGCCCUCGGCGAGUGAAGUGAUUUGUUUUCGAUUCGGACAUUCUUUGGCGAUAGUGCUUGUGGCUUGGUUUCAUAGGUGAAAGAUAAAAAAAUAAGUCUGAGCUCUGAUCCCUUUCUUGCCAAUCUUGGAUCCUGGUAACUCACCUUGGUGACGUGCACCAAGGCGACGACAACACGAGUGCAGGUGGUGAGGAUCCUUGUUGGCAGGGUUACUGCCUUGCAUUGCAGUAAGCCUAUCGUCCCUGAACGGCGUGAGGCUCGCCUGUCACCUGCAUUGCUGCGGGAGAUGGACACCGAUGCUAGCCCUACUGCAACUGCGGAAAGCGGUGCAGGGCUGAUUUCUGGAGAGCAGCAGCAGCAGUCGGCCGAUUUCGCAAUGGACGACAAAACUGUGGUGAUUAUCAACAUUGACCCUGCUUCUGGUGCAUCUGAACCUGCUGUCAGUGUUGCUGCUAAUGUUGCGGGAGAUGGUACUGGUGAAGAAGUGGUACAGACUGCUGUAGCUACGUCUGCCAUGGAUGGAGUGGAUCAAGCAGAAGUCACGAUUUACCCUCAACAAUUGGCAACGGACGGAUCAACAUUUGUGUAUUCUUCUGAGAAUAAUUUCUCAGCAAACAUGUUUGACCCUCAGUCUACUGCACAGUCUACAGAUGAAAUCGCAUCCACUACUGUAGCUCUUCCCAACGAGGAUAGCCAGCGGAUUGUGCCAGUUGCGGUCACGACCACCGCAGUCGGCGAAGCUGCUGCCACGUCUGCAGCGGGACAGAUGUCCACUCACGCUGGCAUUCCCAGCAGUAUUGCGCCUGUGACCGUGUCACUAGCAGCUGCCAGCACGGACGUGAUGGCCACAACGACGGCGGAGCAGCACGGCCAUGCCACAAUGUCCAACAUCGCCAUCACCAAUGCGCAAAUAGUCACAGCACGUGCAUGUCCAGCAACGGUCCAAUGGCUAAUCGAAAACUUUGAAACAGCAGAUGGGAUCAGCUUACCGCGCAGCACUCUGUAUCACUUCUACCUACGCCAUUGCUCCAGCAGUAAAGUGGAUGCUGUGAAUGCGGCGAGCUUCGGUAAACUCAUUCGCUCUGUCUUUCUAGGCUUACGUACCAGGCGUCUUGGAACUCGGGGCAAUUCAAAAUACCAUUACUAUGGCAUUCGAAUAAAGCCAACGUCAUCGCUGGCGGAUCUUCCUCUAGAGGAUUAUAACCAGCAGAGUCAGCGCAGUAGCACUCGAUAUCGUACUCCAUCCAAGGACGAUGGCUUUAUAUCGCAGUCCUUUGCGACCCCGUCUGUCAUAGCUACUCCGUCAAGUACGGGCAAGCUUAACCCGUUGCGCCAUGAGCCGCAUCCCGUUGUCCCAAUGAUACAGCCGACAGAGCAACAGCAAGAACAAUUCCAACAAUUCCUAGCACUGUCCCUCACGCUACCCACGCUGCCUGAGCUCUCGUUGGAUACGGAUUCCUUGCCAGAUGGUUUGACCCAAGACCAUCUUGCGGAAUUUGCUGUUCUCUAUAAAGAGCAUUGCGAGGAGCUGGUCAAUGUAAUACGCAACUUCCAGUUUCACUUAUUAGAGCAGCUGUGGAAGCAGUUCUGGUCACAUUCGGAUGGCAGCUCAGUCAAUGGAGCAGCAGCGUCAACAGAUACUGCAAUGGAUACAGGGGAUGACUCCCACCGUCUGCCCGGCCCGAUUCUGAUGUCUCUUUGCCAGUGUCCUUGCGUUCAGUCUUUUGUUCAGAAUUGCGACAACUUGAUCUACCAAUGCCUUGUUGAACUCCUUGUACCGCAGGUGCUGCGGCCGAUUCCAAGUCAGCUAACACAGAUCAUUCGUAACUUGUCCAAGAACCUAGAGACGUGGCUAGGUGGUGCAAUGGCAGAUGUCCCGGAAGCAAUGGCAGAGGUUAAGAUGACUGCGGUCAGUGCCCUAUCACAAACGCUCCGCCGCUACACAUCACUCAAUCAUCUGGCUCAGGCGGCUCGGGCUGUGCUACAGAACUCAAGUCAGAUAGCGCAGAUGUUGAAUGAUCUAAUCAAGGUGGACUUUCAAAGCAUACAGGAGCAAGCGACAUGGGUUUGUCAGUGUCAGGAGGAAACACUGCAGCGUAUUCAGAAUGAAUUCAAGACCUCUUUGCAAACACAGCAAUAUCUUGAGGACUGGGCGACCUGGAUGGAGAAGCUGGUAGAUGAACUGCUCCAGCCAGUGAUAAACUCUGCGGAUUAUGUAAAGGUUGCACGUCAAUUCCUGCUGAAGUGGUCGUUCUACAGCUCUAUGGUUAUCAGAGACCUGACCCUGCGCAGUGCUGCGAGUUUUGGCUCGUUCCACCUGAUUCGUCUGCUGUACGACGAGUAUAUGUUCUACAUUGUGGAACAUCGUGUAUCCAAGGCCCUCAACAAGGUUCCAAUCUCUAUCCUGAGCGAGUUUGUUCAGCUUGGACGGACAUAUUCUUCACAAGCAGAGGACGGCAGUUUCAACGCUGAUGACACAAUGGCUGAGUUGAAUGCCGGAAGCACAGGUAUCAGUACAGCAUCAGUAGUAACAGCGACAACAACAGCCGCCACACAGGAACACGUAAUUGUUCCGCUGGUCACAUGAACCUAACGCUACUUCUCCCUUCUGUCAUGCUGCUUGGUAAUCGGAAGAAAGAAAACUGAAGGAAAAAAAAGCAUGCUCAGCAACGCAACGGUUGCACGCACACGGUGUGUUCACACAGCUGUAUGCGUCUAUGUUGGCACACAGCUCUGUGUCAUGUCCGAUAUAACACAGAAUAUUAAAAAAAUGCCAUAGGCGUCAUGAGAACUUGACAUGAAAUGAUCAAUGGGCUCUGCACAGCGAUGCAUCCCGGUUUUUUGUUUGUUUGUACAUGAAACACGUCACGCUAACAUUACUCGUUUUGUUUUUUAAGAAAGUAGUUUGCAUCUGUUUUGUGUGUCCCAUCUAUACUAUUGCUAUUCUUUACCCUUUGAUCUAGACAGAUAUUUUAGGUCUGUUCACUGAGUACAGUACUCAGUGCUUAGUACUCAUGCUAUGCUGCUUAUUGGUUCCUUUGUUAUCAUGGCUGCUUUGAUGUACAGUUAUAAAUUGCAUGUGUGCAUGAAGUACAUCUGCACUCUCCAUUGUAACGUUUUUGGGCUUGAAUGUACCCUUUCGUCUUCCGUCUCGGGUGGAUUUAUCUUUGUUUUCCCCGUUUUCGAGUUCUCAACCAUUCCUUGUCCUUGUCUGUUCUUCUCCACUUGUCUGCUGUCAUUCUAUGCGAACUUCAGCGCGCUUCCUGUCAGUGACACUGUUUCCAAGGAGUA